AUGGGCACUCGGGCCAAAGAUGAUGCUCCUGUCGGCUUCAUAUGGUUAUAUUGCUUUAAUGUUGUUGUUGUUGUUGUUUUUGCUUUAGGCCUGAUUGCACUGAAAGAGGAGAGUCAGAAAGAUGAACUGAAUGAGAAAAAUCAAGAUGAGAAGUGUCUUGAUUUAAUGAGUAGAGAAAAACCAUCAAAGACUGAAGAGAUUUCUUCACAAAAAAUUGGUCGGAAGGCUGGGUCUAACCGUUAUUUCACCUGCUGUCAGUGUGGUAAGAAUAUAAUUAAUAAGCAAAACUUUGAAGUCCACAUGAGAGUUCACACUGGAGAGAAGCCUUUCAGCUGCCAACAGUGUGGAAAGAGUUUCACUCAAAAACAAAACCUUAAAGUCCACAUGAGAGUUCACAAUGGAGAAAAGCCUUAUACAUGCCCUCAGUGUGGACAGAGUUUUAAACUUAAGGGAAACCUCAAUGCCCACAUGAGAACUCACACUGGAGAGAAACCGUACAUCUGCAAACUGUGUGGGAAGAACUUCUCACGAAAAGAAUGUCUUAAGACUCACAUGAACAUUCACACAGGAGAUAAACCUUGCAUAUGUGGUCGGUGUGGAAAGAGAUUUAGAUGUGAAGAAACCCUUAAUCACCACAUGAGGAUUCACACAGAAGAGGAUUGUUUUAUAUGUCAUCAGUGUGGAAAGAGUUUCCUGCAUAAAAGAAGCCUCAACACUCACAUUAGACUUCACACUGGAGAGAAGCCUUUCAUCUGCCCUCAGUGUGGAAAGAAUUGCACAAAUAAAGCAAACCUUGAGAUUCACAGUAGAGUUCACACUGGAGAGAAACCUUUCACCUGCCCUCAGUGUGGAAAAAGCUUCUCACAAAAAGGAAACCUCCAGACUCACAUGAGAGUUCACACUGGAGAGAAGCCUUUCAGCUGCCAUCAGUGUGGAAAGAGUUUCAAUCAAAAACAAAACCUUAAAGUCCACAUGAGAGUUCACACUGGAGAGAAGCCUUUCACCUGCAAACUGUGUGGACAGAGAUUUACACUUAAGGGAAACCUUAAUGCUCACAUGAGAAUUCACACUGGAGAGAGUCCUUACACCUGCAAUCUGUGUGGGAAGAACUUCUCACGAAAAGAAAGUCUUAUGACUCACAUCAGACUUCACACUGGAGAGAAGCCUUUCAUCUGCCCUCAGUGUGGAAAAAGCUUCUCACAAAAAGGAAACCUUCAGACUCACAUAAGUAUUCACACUGGAGAGAAGCCUUGCAUAUGUGCUCAAUGUGGAAAGAGAUUCCUGCAUAAAAAAAGCCUCAAAAAUCACAUUAGACUUCACACUGGAGAGAAGCCUUUCAUCUGCCCUCAGUGUGGAAAAAGCUUCUCACAAAAAGGAAACCUUCAGACUCACAUAAGUAUUCAUACUGAAGAGAAGCCUUUUAAGUGUCUUUAG